UAUAUUUUCCUGAGGUAGGUUUAAGGUGUAGCUAUGGCAGAGCCACGUAUAACAUUCAACGUCGUUGCGCUAGUCUUUCAAGCUCUUCUCAUCGUUCUGUUUGGGGUUUUGGUUGAUUAUGGCGAUGAUGCAGUCCCACCACACGUUAAAGACGGGACCGACGUCAAUAAAGGCUUCAAGAGGCCUUAUACAAACUCUUUACCGGUUUUCUACUCACUGUUUCAAGAUGUUCACGUUAUGRUCUACAUUGGUUUUGGUUUUCUCAUGACCUUCCUUAGAAAGUAUGGUUUUAGCUCAGUUGGGUACAAUUUCUUUAUUGCUGCUCUUGUCUGUCAAUGGGCGACCAUCACAUCUGGAAUAUUCAAUCAGAUCAUCGCUGAGAAAGUCAGCCACAUUAAGGUGGACAUCAAAAUACUGACCGGUGCCGAGUUCUCAGUGGCAGCAGUUCUCAUUACGUAUGGUGCUGUUCUUGGUAAAGUCAGCCGUCUUCAGCUACUGRCUAUUGGGUUCUUUGAAGCAAUCUUCUUUGCUAUCAAUGAAUACRUCAAUGUGCACUAUUUAAAGAUCGCUGAUGCCGGGGGUUCCAUGAUAAUCCAUGCCUUUGGUGCUUACUUUGGACUGGCUGUGGCUCGAGUCAUCUACAGGAAAGACCAUAGUGGCAACGAGAAGGAGGGUUCUGAGUAUCAUUCGGACAUGUUCGCUAUGAUUGGUACAAUAUUCUUGUGGAUGUUCUGGCCUAGUUUCAAUGGUAUCCUCGUUGCUCCUGACUACGUGGGUCAGCACCGUGCCGUUAUCAACACGUAUUACUCGUUGGCUGCCUCGUGUGUCGUCACAUUCGCUAUUUCUCCAUUCUUCCAGAAAGGAAAAAAGCUUAGCAUGGUCCACGUUCAAAAUGCUACUCUUGCUGGAGGAGUUGCUAUGGGAACGGCUUGCAACAUGGUUUUGUAUCCAUGGGGAGCACUGCUGGUUGGUGCGAUUKCAGGCACCGUUAGCACACUUGGUUAUGUCUACCUCACUCCUUUCUUGGAUAAACAACUGAAAAUCCAUGACACUUGUGGMGUCAAYAACUUACAYGGCAUGCCGGGAAUUAUUGGGGGCAUUGUUGGAGGAAUCACUGCUGCGACUGCCAAAGCUGAAACUUAUGGAUAUGACGGGUUGUACAAUAUCUGGGGGGCCAUGGCACCAAAAGCUAAUACAACUGAAUUUACAAGACUGACGGACCUUGGAUACACAGACCUCUCAGCUGGUGAUGGAUUAACUGCAACAAAGAUGGGCGGAUAUCAAGUAGCCGCCGUAGUGGUAACUCUAGGAUUUGCUUUGGUUGGUGGCGUCGUUACUGGUCUUAUUGUCAGACUGAGUUAUUUUGAGCCUCCAGAAGAAGAGCAGCUGUACAGUGACAAAGAUUAUUGGGAGACGGCCCCUGAUAUUGWGCUYAGUGSCUCAGUCACUCUUCCUGCAGCUGAGAACAUUCCUCUUGUGGAGGUUGUGGAAAAGAAAGAGGAAGGUGAUGAUGAAUGAGGAUGCCAUGCGUGUGGUUAUUGAAAAGAACAUUUAAAUCCACAAACUGUGAUUCGAGGGCACGCAUUUAAAGGGACAUGGUCUACCAGCAUCCCUUUCGAGCUUUUACCUUUUUAUGUUUGAAAAUAAAAAUACAUCGUAAUAUAGGCAAAAACUCACUCUUUAUUAUCCCUUUAUACUAUAUGAAUGAAGGUACUGUAAGAUUCGACGUUUAAACCGUUAGAUGGAAACGGAUUGCGAAUGGAUAUUUGAAGUCACCUCAUUUUCCAUAUAUGAAAAAUCUAAAACACGACCGCA